AUGGUGGAAACUCGAGAUUCCAUCCUUACUGUUUCAGUUUUCCAACAUCUGACUGAGAAGUUAAGGCCAGUUUUUACAUUGUUAAACCGAGUCGAGGGUGUUCCAGAAGGAAAAGAAAAGAUGAUUGAUGACUCUGAAGAAGUCCUUUCUGAAGGUGAAAUGUUGGUUAGGAAGAAAAGAGACAAGAAAUCAUUAUUUCCUCCGUGGACCCUAGAACUGAUUCAAAAGGAAGCUAUCGACGGACCGAAUACUCAUUGGUUGGAGGCAAAUGUGUCUUUUGAACUUGUCAAUUCUUUUGAGUCUCAGUUUGACUUCCCUCUUACUCCGAAUGGAUUCUUAUUCUGUGGGUUGAAACAUAUUGAGAAGGCACCACUUUCGGAUUACGACAUCAAUAACAAGCUCUUUGCAUUUUAUCUCCAACAUGGUCAAACUCAAGGAGCAACUCGUACUGAAUUUGACCUCACUCUUGUUGAUCUUUCAUUUAUGAAUCCAAACGACUGGAUUUCUCUGUUUCUAAUUCAGUCUAUAGACGAAGCAAAGUAUGAGCCGAUUGUUUCUCACUUGAAGAAAAUGAUGAUAUGCUACAUCCAUGAAGUUGCAAAACAUGAUGUGGAAAUAGUUGCAGUUUUAAAGAAAAGGUAUGUCGUGGAUCCAAAAGAAGAGACAAAAUAUUUUCAGAAGAGGAAACUAGGAAAGCUUAAGAAAGCUGACUGGAGCGUCAUAUAUCAAAGAAGAAGUGGUGAUAAAGUUCAAAUGAAUUUGUUCUUUCUUUUAGACAAACACUUAUACCCUUCUUCUGCACUGAAUCAUAUCAUGGAAUUAACUGUUGCGUGCAAACUAAAUAGUGAAGGACAUCUUAAAUGCUUUAAUGUAUCUAUUGAUCAGGAAUUCUUUGAUAAGUUUGAUGCCCAAGCUAUUCAAGCUUGA